UAAUGAAACAUCAUACGUCAAAAAAAGAAAGAAAAAAAACGCAGCGCAAAAAGAUAUAAUUUCAUUGAUAAUUCCGUAAUUAAUUAAAGAUCAAAUCAUAAUGUCCUAAUGUCAUUGACUCUUCAAGUUCUGUAUAAUGUGCCGAAAAAACCGAAAAAUUUCGUGGGAAAAUUGAUUUUAUAUUUUGAAAUUGAAAAUCCUCCGACUUAAAUACCAUACACCUAGGCUAAAAAGUGCUGUCAAUUUCAAUUUCAAUGAUUUUGCAUUUUACCUUUGUUUUAAUUCGUAAGAAAUUUAAUUUAAUUAUUUCCUAAUAUUUUUUGAUACAAAUUCGAGUGUAAACAGUGUUCCGUGAUUUGUGUAGUAUGAGUUAAGAUCCCCUGUGUAAAGUGGUUUGUGCCUCCGUUUGUAACUCGCUGAAAAAUUAAAGGAAAAAUGGCAAACAUGUUGAUCGAUGAAGACCGUCGACGAAGGUUAAAUGUCCUCGAGGACCAAAUGCGCGAUCCGCUCAGUAUAGCUAAUGUGGAUUCAUUGCUGGAUACAGUGACCGCAUUGGUGGCCGAUUGUGAUCAUGAAUCGAUAAAGCGACUUAAAAACAUUGAGGCGUACACACACCGAUACGAAGCCUUGGCCAAAACAAUAACCGAAUUGCGUAUGAAACCGGAAGAUUUCAAUUUGAUCAAAGUGAUUGGACGCGGUGCUUUCGGCGAAGUUCAAUUGGUGCGACACAAUUCGACGCAACAGGUGUAUGCGAUGAAACGCCUAUCGAAAUUCGAAAUGAUCAAACGGCCCGACUCGGCAUUCUUCUGGGAGGAGCGACACAUCAUGGCAUACGCCAAUUCCGAAUGGAUAAUCCAAUUGCAUUAUGCAUUCCAAGAUCAUAAGUAUUUGUACAUGGUGAUGGACUACAUGCCAGGUGGUGAUAUAGUCAGUUUGAUGUCAAUGUAUGAUAUACCUGAAAAGUGGGCUGUUUUUUAUACGAUGGAAGUUGUGCUGGCACUAGACACCAUUCAUAAUAUGGGUUUCGUUCAUCGUGAUGUGAAGCCGGAUAAUAUGCUAUUGGAUAAGUACGGCCAUUUGAAGCUAGCUGACUUUGGUACUUGUAUGCGAAUGGGUCCUGGUGGUCUAAUUAAGUCAAGCAACGCUGUUGGUACACCGGAUUACAUUAGUCCCGAGGUGCUGCAGUCACAGAGUGGCGACGGAGAGUACGGACGUGAAUGUGAUUGGUGGUCGGUCGGAAUAUUUUUGUACGAAAUGUUGAUAGGCGACACCCCGUUUUAUGCUGAUAGUUUGGUUGGUACUUACGGUAAAAUUAUGGAUCACAAAAAGUCGUUGGCUUUUCCGGAUGAUUGUGAGAUCAGCGAAAAUGCCAGGUCAUUGAUCAAAGCAUUUCUGACUGAUCGAACGGAACGACUGGGUCGUAACGGCAUCGAGGAGAUCAAGCGGCACAGGUUCUUUCAAAAUGCCGACUGGACAUUCGAGAAUUUGAGAGAGUCUGUUCCGCCAGUCGUUCCCGAUUUGACCGGUGACGAUGAUACCAGCAAUUUCGACGAUUUAGAUCGAGAUGACAGUCCGGAGGAAUUGUUCCCAAUUCCGAAGACGUUUGCUGGUAAUCAUUUGCCAUUUGUCGGAUUCACUUAUACCGGUGACUAUCAGUUGAUGUCCAACGAUAUUGUUGACAACAAGACACACAACCAUCAUCAUCGACCAUCGAAUAGUCAGGAAAUACAACGAUUGCAGAGCUUGCUAGAACGUGAUCGAUCGACGAUUGACAUGCUGGAAAAGCAAGAGAAAAUGCUCCGACAACAAAUCGAACAGAAUAUGCAACGUGAACGGGAAGUGAGCAUUCAGAUAAACACUUACGAGAAAGACUUGACGAUGCUGAAGCAUAAUUAUCGAGAGGCGCAACGAAAGUCUGACCAUGAAUCGGAGGCUCGCAAGAAAAUUGAAAAUUUGCUGAACGAAACGAAAAAGCGUCUGGACGAUGAACAGAACAAACGGACUCGUGAGAUGAAUAACAAUCAACAACACAACGACAAAAUAAACGUGCUAGAAAAGCAGCUUAGUGACAUGCAAGAAAAAUACAAAACUGAAACGGAACAUGCUCAGAAGUUGAAGAAACAGAUAGCCGAACUAAGACUAGCCAAAUCGGACGCUGAACACAAAUCGAAUGAAUUACAAUCGGUGCUGGUCGGUCUUCAAACGCAGCGCGAUGUAUUGCAGCAAGAGGUAGCCGAACUGCAGUCAAGGCUGGCCCAGGAACGUAACUCUCGGUCGCAGUCGGUUGAAAUGCAAAAGGAAAUGGAAAUGAAAAUUAUCAACAUCAACGCUGACCUGGAACGAUCGGCCAUACGGGAACAGAAAGUGACCGAAGACAAUCGAAUUUUGAAUGAGAAAAUUUCGUUUCUGGAAAAGGAGAACGCUUCGCUUGAACUGGAAUUCAAAUCCGCACAGAAUCGAUACCAUCAAGAAGUCAGGGCACAUCAAGAAACGGAAAAGUCGCGUCUAAUGAGCAAAGAAGAGGCUAACAGGGAAGAGGAGGUCAAAGCAUUACAAACUAAACUGAAUGAGGAGAAGUCUGCUCGUCAGAAAGCCGAUCAGAAUUCCCAAGAAAAAGAACGCCAAAUUUCAAUGCUUUCGGUAGAUUAUCGCCAGAUUCAACAACGUUUACAGAAGCUGGAAGGAGAAUUCAGACAGGAAGCUGAAAAGGUGCUUGCGCUGCACAGUCAAUUGGAGCAAGAACACACGAAAAAGUCGACACUUCUGUCGGAGCUGAGCCUACAGAGUUCGGAGGUCGCUCACUUAAAAGCUAAGGAAAUGCAGUUGGUGAAAGAGGUUGCACAAUUACGUGAAACGAAGCGCAAAUUCGAAGAUGACGUUGUGAAAAUCAAAAACGCUCACAACAUCGACAUUUUACAGAUGAAAGAACUGCAAGAUCAACUUGAGGCUGAACAAUACUUCUCGCGUCUAUACAAAACUCAAAGCAGCGAACUGCGCGAAGAAAACGAAGACAAAUCUAGAUCUCUUUCUGAGUUGGAAGAGGAGCGCAGCUCACUAUUGCAUCAACUGCAAAUCGCAUUGGCUCGUGCCGAUUCAGAAGCGUUAGCCCGUUCGAUAGCCGAAGAAACGGUGGCCGAUUUGGAAAAAGAAAAGACAAUCAAAGAGCUCGAACUGAAGGAUCUGAUGUCGAAACAUCGUACCGAUUUAGCGACCAAGGAAACGGCUCUGUCCUCAUUGCGUGAUGCUGAAAAUGAAGUGGCCAAAAAAUUGAACAACAAACAAGCGGAAUACGAGGAGCUGAUGCAGGUGAACAAUAAGCUUCAGGAAGAAAUAACGCAAAACAAGGCCGACCAAUCGGAAAUGGAAAAACUGAAGAGUCGGCUGAAGAACGAAAUUCUGCUCAAACAGACAGCUGUCAAUAAGCUCACGGAAAUAAUGAGCCGAAAAGAUACUGCUAAUCCAGGUAAAACAAAGACUAAGGUCAGUUCGGCUGAUUUAAGGAAGAAAGAAAAGGAGUACCGUCGCCUGCAACAAGAGAUGACCCAAGAACGCGAUAAAUACAAUCAAUUGUUGCUCAAAUACCAGGAUGUUCAAAGUCAAUUGAACGACGAAAGUCACGCUAAAACUAAACUGCAAAUGGAGAUCGAUUGCAAGGCAACGGAAAUUGAGCAUUUACAAAUGAAACUGAAUGAAACGGCAUCGCUAUCAUCCGCCGAUAAUGAUACCGAAGACAAUCAAGAUGUGUUUGAGGGUUGGUUGAGUGUGCCGAAUAAACAAAAUAUUCGCCGACAUGGAUGGAAACCUCAAUUUGUUGUUGUGUCGUCACGCAAAAUUAUUUUUUAUAAUUCCGAGGUUGACAAGCAGAACACUUGUGAUCCGUUGCUUAUAUUAGACUUAAGCAAAGUAUUUCACGUUCGAUCGGUCACUCAAGGUGAUGUGAUACGUGCAGAUGCCAAAGAAAUUCCAAGAAUAUUUCAAUUGCUUUACGCUGGUGAGGGAGAGGCUAGACGACCGGACGAACAGCAACUUGACAUUAGUACACUGAGGGGUGUGUCUGCCGAUGAACGACCUGGGACUAAAAUAUUUAAAGGUCAUGAAUUUCUACAAAUUAGUUAUCAUAUGCCGACAACACCGUGUGAGGUUUGCUCGAAACCAUUAUGGCAUAUGUUCAAGCCACCAGCUGCUUAUGAGUGUAAAAGAUGUCGCAACAAAAUCCAUAAAGAGCAUGUAGACAAUAAUGAUCCACUAGCCCCAUGUAAAUUACAUCACGAUCCGCAUUGCGCCAGAGAAAUGCUAUUACUUGCCACAUCCGGUGACGAUCAAAAUCGUUGGGUAACGCGCCUAUCGAAACGGAUACAGAAAUGUGGCUACAAAGCGAAUUCAACGUCGAAUAACAACACUGGACCGGAGGGAAGCAAAGUUUCGCCUAGCCAAUCAACUCGUUCCAACUACAAACCAUAUGCAGUUAAUGUACAAAGAUCAGCCACUCUUCCAGCAAAUUCAUCACUAAAACAACCUUAAAAAAACAAAUAAACUUAUGCAUUUAACAGAACCAAUAGAAUUGAGAAAAGAAGAUAGAAAGAAACAAAAAAAAAAUCGAAUUUUUCUCUUCCUUUUCUAUGAUGUUUUGAUAUAAUUUUUAAUUAUUUUUUAUUUUUAACAACAAGACGGAUAUUAAUAUUUAACGUUUUAUUGGUUUAUUGGUUAAAAGAAAUUCUAAUGAUUUUUAGACACGCUGUGGUUUUCUUUUCUUUUUUAAUUUAUUAAUUUUAAAAUGACUGAAAAUUUUGAGGAAGAAAAAAGAUGUUGAAAUGAAGGUUGAACAUAGAAUUGGUUUUGAUUGGAAACCGAAAAGGAAAUGGAAGCAAAAUAAUAACAACACAACAACUUGAAGAAAAUAAAUUUUGAGAAUUUGUCAUGUCAUUUACAUGUUUGUCACACUGCGGUACGGCGAAUAAUUUCACAUAUUUAUAUAAUUGUAAGGAAUAUAAUUAAUUUAAAAAAGAAUUAUCAAAUUUAUACAGGGAAAACAAAUGAAUGAAUUAUUGAUGAUGGAAUCAACGGCUUAACAAGACAAGAAGCGCCUUAUUUAACUAGUUCUUAAACGAUGGAAUAUCCGAAUUAGACGAUUUCCAUGCCGAAAUUUAAUUCUAUUUAACCACAUCGGUUGCCUCAAUCCCAUUUUCUUUUAUCGUCCAAAAUUUUCCUACUCAUAAUAGACAUCUAGAGGACCUGCCAAUUUCGAAGAUCCUAGAUGACAUCAGAAAAUGUCCAUAAAUUUUCGACAGUGAGCCAAGGCGAAUACUGACACUGGAUAGUAAACAUAUCGUUCGUACCAAAAGCUAUUUGCCAGUUACCUUUUAGUAUGCUUAUUCCCAGAGAAAAGUCACAGUGAAAUUAUCGAAAUUUUGCAAGCUUCGACAGUCUCAUUAAUAAAACCGUAACUGCUUGGUAAUUUUGAAAAUUGAAAUAAAAGUAAAUUUCGAUAUCUAGUCUCGGACAUUUCCAAAUAAUUUAAACUUCUUGCGAAUAACUGAUUUUUAUGAACAUUUUCUGGUGUAUAACGAUCGCCCAACGCCCACAUAUCUUCAAAGAAACAAUGUAACCGUUUGCUCAACUCAUCCAAUAUUGUCCAAGAAUAUGUUGAAGCAUUUCGAUGGAACGCUCCAGUUGUUGAUAUUGUCUCACACAUCACAUCUCCACAAUUUACGAUAGUAGUCUCGAUUAUGUUAUAUGGACGCUGGAGCGGAAAAUAUGGAAAAACGAACGAACAAAAAAAACCGACAUCGUGUGCCAGUUUCAGAAUCGAUUGUUUGGUGAAAGUAACUUCUAUUUAACUGGUCGACGUUUGAAAGCGAGAGGAGAGGUUUUGCGAUGAAAUUUCUUUUUGUGCGGGAGAAUUUAAAAAGAAUAUGACACCUCAAGGGGGACUGAGCCUGUCAUAACUACACACCUGCGUUUUGACCCAAAGUUAUCUAAAAACGAAAUUAGCUCGAAAAUCAAUUAGAGUGAAAUGUGAAGUGUAUCUUAGAAUAGAGUGUAUUGGAGCUCCGAUUCGGUGCAUAUUCUGACUUUAUCUACCUCAUAAGUGAUCGAGUUUUUUUUUCUUUGUUUCAAUGUUUCACAACUUUACUACUUAAAUCGCUCAUUGAGUUGUAGGACCAUGAAGGUCAUAAACUCUUCUCAUAAAAAAAGAGUUGUUGUGUCAGUAAAAUAGUUAUCCCUUAGCGUUUAAUAAAGUUGUAUACGAAUCUGCGAAAAGCGAUCCGUCAAAUUAGAUUUGGUUUAAUUGAACGGUUGCAGUGCGUAGUUAAUUGGGUUUUUAUCUAACACUAUUUAACAUAUUUCAAAAGGUAAACGGUGUUCACAGGUGAAAGUCUGCUCUAGAUACUAAAUAACCAAACAAAAACAAAUUAUUUUUGCAAAAUGCACACUAAAAAAAUCAACAUAAAUUGACGAAUACCCCACAACAUUAAUCUAAACAAAUUUGAGUUUAUAUUUUUAUUAGAUGAUCCUCCAGAGCUUCAGCGAACUAAAAAAAAAAUUGCUAGAUAAUUUGUCAACGUCACCAAAUCGUAGCCAUAGCGAUACCGAAAUAGAAAAAAAGAGAGUUUAAAUCACGCCCCCGACCUCCCGUUUGAAACGAAUUUAUUUUAAACUUUUUUUUUUAUAAUUUUUGACUAAAUCAACUUCGAAACACGAACACAACAUUAUGAGAAAGACGAUGGUGCUAAAACGUUUUUAUUUGUUUUUUUGAUCGAUUGUCUCCGCAUAAAUAAA